GGCAGUCAGUUUUCUCAACAGGGCAGCCAGGGAGCAGCCUCUCUUAAUGUCGUAAACAACUCGAGCACUAGCAGCAGCAACACUUUUAGCGGUUCUCACCACGAAAGUGCAGGUCUGCAGAGACAUCCGCCGCAAACCGUGAUGUUUAAAUCGCCCGCGUCCAUGAUACACAACGCGACAAAUCAUCCUGUG